AUGAGCUAUUCUACCACAGAUGAGAGAUUGAUGGAUUCACCUAAAAGAACAGAAAGUACAGAUAUCUAAUCUGACAGUUAAAAAUUUAAGAAAGGAUUCAAUCCAACAUUUCUAGGAAUUUAAUAAACAUCAAAAGUCACUGUACUUAAUUAAGUAAAUUUUAGGUGUCUAGGAGAUAUCUUGAUACUAAAACACAUGGAGUUUAAUUAUAUUUUUAGGAAUUUACUCCUUAAUUAGUAGAUGCUUAAAUAAUCAUAGUUCAUGGAUUUGGUGAGCAUUCAGGAAAUUAUCAAUAAGUAAAUUCAAAUUUGAUUCAUUCUAGUUGACAGAUUGUUUUCUUUCUAAUAAUUUUAAAGUUUAUCUUUAUGACUAAAGAGGAUUUGGUUAUUCUGGAGGUAUAAGAGGACAAGCAACAGUUGAAUAAAUGCACAUGGAUUUAGACACUGUUUUACAAAUAGUAGAUAGAUCAGUUCCUUUAUUUAUAUUUUGCCAUGCUCUUGGUGCUUCUAUGGUAAUUAGUUUUUGUUUAAUGAAUCCUUCAUUUCAAUUUUAAGGAUUGAUUUGUAGUAAUGCAUAAUUAAGAGUACCAGCAAAAUAUGGUAAAUUUAAGAUGCUCACACUUAAACUAAUGACUAAGCUAUGUCCUGAUCUUUAGGUUAAUACAUAUCACAAUUUAUCUUAUGCUUCUAAAAAUAAUCAUCAUAUAAGAAAACUUGCAACUGAUCAUCUAAUGCAUCCUUAUAUGAGUAUCUAAUUUGCAUAUAAUGUACUAUUGUUUUAACAAUUUAUAUUGCCAAAUGCAACUAAAUUCAAAAUCCCUAUUCUAUUAUUACAUGGAAAAGAAGACAAAGUUGCAUCACAUUUAGAUUCACUUGAUUUUUAUAGACUCAUUUAAUCUAAAGAAAAAACACUCAAAAUAUUUGAAUAAGGAUUUCAUGAAUUACAUAAUGAUUCUGAAUGGUCUAAGAUGAAAGUACUGAUAACUUAAUGGUGUACAAAAAUGUUAAGUAAAGAUAUCAAAAUGUCUUUUAUGAGAGAACACAAUUAUGGAGUUGUUGUUAAAUUUUAUAGAAGCAAAAUUAGAAUAUUUUUAACGAUUCUUCUAAUUUUAUUUAGAAAGUAUUCAAUUUAUAAAUUCUAUUAGAAAAUAUGCAUGUCUAAAAACGAGUACUAAAGUCAGUAUCUUAUUAUUUAUAGAACUACUUCUAAGAGUUUUCGUUUCUAAUUGA